AUGCUGGGGACCCGCCGCGACCGGCUGCUCAUCCUGCUCCUUCUCGGGGCGCUGCUCAGCGCCGAUCUCUACUUCCACCUCUGGCCCCAAAUGCGGCGCCGCCUCGCUCCGGCCGAGACGGCUGAGCCACGCUGCUCCUGCCCCGCCGAAGCCGCCGCCGCCGCCGCCGCCGCCGGUCCAAAGCUCCGGACUCGGCCGCCCGCGAGCGCGUCCGCCAACCGGACCCGCCAGGCCGACCGCUCCAAGCUGAGGAGGCUCUUCGCGCACCCGCUCUACAGCGCCCCCGAGGGGCCGGCAGAGAAGUUGCUCAACGGGCAGGAGACGCUGCGCUACUACCGGCGGAAAAUAGCCCGCUGGAACAGAAGACACCAGGUUUAUAGAGAAGAACGCAACCUAACCAUGGGUUCAGUGGUUCAACUCCGACACGAAGCAAGCUGGCUCCAGUUCCACCUGGGGAUCAAUCGUCAUGCCUUGUAUCCACGGGCCAGCCCUAUGGUUGAUCAACUCCUUAGGGACACACAGAAGUUUAGUACUAUCAGUGCUGAUUACAGCCAGGAUGAGAAAGCCUUGCUCGGGGCCUGCGACUGCUCCCAAAUUGUAAAGCCCAGCGGGGUGCACCUGAAACUUGUUUUGCGGUUCCAAGACUUUGGGAAAGCCAUGUUCAAACCAAUGAGACAGAACCGAGACGAAGAGACUCCAGAAGAUUUUUUUUACUUUGUUGACUUUCAGAGACACAAUGCAGAGAUCGCUGCCUUCCACUUAGACAGAAUUCUGGAUUUCCGUCGUGUCCCUCCAGCAGCUGGGAGAAUGAUUAACGUCACAAAAGAAAUUUUAGAAAUGACAAAGAAUGAAAUCUUACAAAGUGUCUUUUUUAUUUCCCCAGCCAGCAAUGUCUGCUUCUUUGCGAAGUGCCCUUACAUGUGCAAAACAGAAUACGCCGUCUGUGGGAACCCUCACCUGUUGGAAGGUUCCCUCUCGGUUUUCCUGCCUUCUCUCAACUUGGCACCACGAAUCUCCAUCCCUAAUCCGUGGAUCCGAUCUUAUAGCUUUGCAGGAAAAGAGGAGUGGGAAGUAAAUCCUCUCUACUGCAAUACCAUGAAGGAGAUUUAUCCUUACAGCAGUGGCAGCCGGCUACUCAAUAUCAUUGACAUGGCCAUAUUUGACUUCUUAAUAGGUAACAUGGACCGCCAUCAUUACGAGAUGUUUACAAAGUUUGGAGAUGAGGGUUUUUUGCUUCAUUUGGAUAACGCCAGAGGAUUUGGGAAACAUUCCCACGAUGAGAUCUCCAUCUUGGCUCCACUUAAACAGUGUUGCAUAAUAAAGAAGACCACCUUGUUACGGCUGCAGCUUUUAGCCAAGUCAGACUAUAAACUCAGUGAUAUCAUGAGGGAGUCCCUCCUUCAAGACCGUCUUGCCCCCGUGUUGACCGAAGACCACCUUUUGGCAUUGGACAGGAGGUUACAGAUUAUCCUGAAAACUGUGGAGAAAUGCAUAGAGGCCUUUGGAGAAGACAUUGUUGUAACUGAUACAAAGCCUUUGGAACCCAUGGCUUUUGACAGAAUGACACAGCCAAGCUAGUAGAAUCAAGGGGAAAAAAACUAGAACCUGAACUUGAAAUGAUCGAUUGUGCUUCCUUAAUCUGGACAUUUAAGACUUGGGAGGAAGGCAGUCUCAGCAGUAUCAGGAAACCACUGGGUGGUUGAAACCUGCAGCUUUGGCCUCAGAUUUAUAGAUGGGAAUCACAUACACAUCACCUACAAUCUUCCUGCCUCUUCUCCAAGAGAUUGAAGAUACAGUCUUCUGUAACUACAAACUAUGUCCUUCUCAGGAUUUGGCUGGGCUCAUCGUGGCUGGAUUUGAUUGGUGGAUUGAAUAAAGGGGAAAGACACUAA